GAUUUUGACAUGCAUUCCCAAAUUAAUACUCCGUACUACGUACCAUAUUUAAGCUUAGUAUUUUAAAGGGUUAUCUAAUGUCUUGAGUCGGUUCCUACAAAAUUAAAUGUUUCCUAACACUUAACAAAAAAAAAAAAAAAAAAAAAAAAAAAAAAAAAAAAACAAUUUAUGACCGUAGAUGUUAUUCUUACUUGACAUUUGCCCUUCGUAUUCGAAUCAUUAAUAUUUUUCCAAUGUUUUUCAUAUAAAUUCCCGUUGCAAAUUUUAGCUUGCAUUCUGCUGCUCACUCCCUCUCUCUCUCCUCCACCUCCAUUGAAGCUGCUUCUGAGCUUUCUCUCCUCCAUUGAAACACCAGCUUCCCAGGGUGCAUAAAAAUCAGAAAUAAAAAACACUCAUAUAUUUUGAGCGUCUCAAAUCUUACUGGAGAUGCCUGCAUUUUCUGUGGCUAGUGCAUGUAAAGCACCAUCGACCUCGAUUUUUAAUCGUUCUAGACUUUUUCAGUCUUUAAGCUCCCAAAAAUUACACGCUCUAUCGGCUGCAAAAGUUUCAACUGACAUUGAGUUGUUGUCGCUGAAAUCAAGCUCAAAGAAAGUUAAAGCUAUGGCUGUGUCCGAAUCAAUUUCUACAUCACAGUUGGAGUCUGCCUCUAGAAGUUCAGGCUCGGGGACAAAGCAGGUGUUGAUUUCACUAUCCGAUAAAAGUGACUUAGCUCUGCUUGGAAGUGGGUUACAAAGCUUAGGAUACACAAUUGUUUCGACCGGAGGAACAGCAACUUCUCUGGAAAAUGCUGGUGUGGCUGUUACUAAAGUGGAGCAGCUAACUCGCUUUCCUGAAAUGCUGGAUGGGCGUGUAAAAACUUUGCAUCCUUACGUACAUGGAGGCAUCCUUGCUAGAAGAGACCUUAAGCAUCACAUGGAUGCUUUAGAGGAACAUGGAAUUGGAACCUUUGAUGUUGUUGUUGUAAAUUUAUACCCCUUUUAUGAUAAAGUGACUUCUUCUGGAGGAGUCCAUUUUGAUGAGGGAAUUGAGAAUAUUGACAUCGGUGGACCUGCAAUGAUCAGAGCUGCGGCAAAGAAUCACAAGGAUGUAUUGGUGGUGGUUGAUCCACAAGAUUAUGCUUCUCUGUUAGAUUAUCUUAAGGGAGAUCAGGAUGAUGAGCAGUUCCGGAUGAGGCUUGCCUGGAAGGCUUUUCAGCAUGUAGCUGCUUAUGAUUCUGCAGUUUCAGAGUGGCUGUGGAAGCAAACUGGAGGAGACAAAUUCCCACCCAGCUUUACAGUGCCAUUAUCCCUUAAAAGCUCUCUUCGGUAUGGGGAGAAUCCGCAUCAAAAAGCUGCAUUUUAUGUUGACAAGAGUCUUGCUGAGGUUAAUUCUGGUGGUAUUGCUACAGCUGUUCAACACCAUGGGAAGGAAAUGUCGUAUAAUAACUACUUGGAUGCUGAUGCAGCUUGGAAUUGUGUCUCUGAAUUCAAUGAUCCAACUUGCGUGGUGGUGAAGCAUACAAAUCCUUGUGGAGUAGCUUCACGUAACGACAUUAUCGAAGCAUACAGGCUAGCAGUCAAAGCAGAUCCAGUUAGUGCAUUUGGCGGCAUUGUAGCCUUCAAUGUAGAAGUUGAUGAGGCUCUUGCAAAGGAUAUUCGAGAGUUUAGAAGCCCUACUGAUGGUGAGACUCGGAUGUUUUAUGAAAUUGUGGUUGCACCCAAAUAUUCAGAAAAAGGACUUGAGAUACUACGUGGAAAAUCAAAGACCUUGAGAAUCCUUGAGGCAAAGAAGAAUGACAAAGGGAAACUUUCUUUGCGACAAGUUGGAGGUGGUUGGUUAGCUCAGGAGUCUGAUGAUUUGACACCUGAGGAUAUCCAUUUUAAAGUUGUCUCUGAAAACACUCCAACAGAGAAGGAGCUAAGUGAUGCACAGUUUGCCUGGCUUUGUGUGAAGCAUGUAAAGAGCAAUGCUAUAGUGAUUGCAAAGAACAAUUGCAUGCUAGGCAUGGGAAGUGGGCAGCCAAACCGCCUUGAAAGUAUGAGGAUUGCUAUGAGAAAAGCUGGAGAUGAGAUCAAAGGAGCAUCUUUGGCAAGCGAUGCUUUCUUCCCAUUUGCUUGGAACGAUGCAGUGGAAGAAGCUUGUCAGAGUGGCGUAAGUGUCAUAGCAGAACCUGGUGGCAGUAUAAGAGACAAGGAUGCUGUAGACUGUUGCAAUAAAUAUGGCGUCUCAUUAGUUUUAACUGAAGUGAGGCACUUCCGUCACUAACCCUGAUGCUAGUUGUAGUCUUGUAGACACUGUUACCUUCUCCUUUGCCAUUAUAGUUUAAUUAGAGGGCAAGAUGCCCAAAUUUUCGUGGAAAAUAAUGUUUGAUCUCUUAUAGUCUGCAUUAGUUGUUGAAACAAAAUAUAAAAUGACGUGCCUGUUCUGGUUCUCGGCCAUAUCACUCAGUUUUUUUUUGUGUUUUCCAUUUUUUUUUUUUUUUUAUGGUUUUGGUAGUACUUCCCUCAUGAUUUCAGACUCGUAGAGAAGGCAAGGUCAUGUAUAAUUUGCUGCUGUAUCUCAUUGUUUGCAGACAAUUUGCUCUAGUUAUUUUCUUUAAUAUUGCAAUAGUACAUAUACUACCUCUA